AUGUUGCAGGCGUACAGCCGGACACCCUCCCGCCGCCUUGCCCGGCGCAGAGGCCGCUCCCGGCGCUGCUACUCGCCCUCGGAGAGCAGCCCCGGGAGUGCCAUGGAGAAGGAAGCCAGCGUCUCGAUCAGCAGCUUGGUGGCCGCCUCCGCCACCACGUCUUCCACGGCCACUUUCAAGGAAGAGCUGCUGUGCCCCAUCUGCUACGACCCUUUUCGGGAAGCUGUGACACUGGGCUGCGGCCACAACUUCUGCAAGGGCUGCGUGACCCGUUCCUGGGAGCACGGCGCUCACGUCUGCCCCGUGUGCAAGGAGCGCUCCUCGCUGGACGACCUCCGCAUCAACCACACGCUCAACAACCUGGUGGAGAAGAUCCUCAAGGAGGAACGACAGCGGCGAGGCCAGGCGGCCGCCCUCUGUCCCCUGCACCACCAAGAGGCCAAACUCUUCUGCCUGGAGGACAAGGAGCUGGCAUGCUUUGCCUGUCAGAGCUCCAAGCAACACGAAGGGCACAAGCUGCGGCCGGUGCAGGAGACAGCGACAGAUUUCAGGGCUUGUGAGGUUCCAGAAGGCAUUUCCUCUCCACAGGCCAAGCUGAAGAACAUGGAGACCUCCCUGCGGGAUAAAGCGAAGGAUUUUGGGACCGCCCAUCGUGCCUACGAGUCCAUCUUCAAACACAACCAGGCGGAGGUGACGCGGCUGAGGGAGCAGAUCAAGCAGGAGUUUGAGAAGCUGCACAGCUUCCUGCGCAGUGAGGAGCAGGCUCUGCUGGACGAGCUGCAGGAGGAGGUGCAGCACAAGCAGGACUUCAUCGAGGGCAAGAUGAAGCAGCUGUCGGAGGACUGCUACACCCUGCUCAACGAAGCCAGGCAGCUCCAGAAUGACCUCAAGGAGGAUGACUACACCUUCCUCAUGGCUCACAAGAACCGCAAGCGCAGGAUUGCCUGUGCAGCUGAGGAACCAGAGGACAUGCCUGUAGGGAUGCUCUUUGAUGUUGCCAAGUACCUGGGCUCACUGCAGUACAACGUGUGGAAAAAGAUGCUGAACAUCAUCACUGUAGUCCCCUUCACCUUCAACCCCAACUCUGCGGCGGGCUGGCUUGAGGUGUCAGAGGACCUCACCAGCGUCACCAACAGAGGCUACAAGCUGCUGGUGGAGAACCCUGAGCGCUUCACCUCAGCCCCCUGCAUCCUGGGCUCCCGCGGCUUCUCCGCCGGCUUCCACACCUGGGAGGUGGACCUGGGCGGCAUCGCGAACUGGCGGGUGGGGGUGGCUCGGCCGCACAACGGCACCCAGUGGACCUUCCACCACGAUGCUCGCUCUGGCUUCUGGUACAUCUAUCACCUGCCCGGGAUCGACAUCGAGAUGGAUCGAGCCUCCAACGCCGCGCGCCUGGAGACGGCGCUGGGCAGCGUGAAGCGGAUCCGGGUGGAGCUGGACUGCGACGAAGGGGAGCUGUCCUUCUACGACGCUGACCGCAGGACCCACAUCUACACCUUCCACGAGAAGUUCAGCAGCACUGUCUACCCUUACUUCUACGUGGGGCCCGCGGCGGUGGGCGCCGUGCAUGAGCCCCUCCGCAUCUGUCCCCUCCGGGUCCGCGUCCAGGAGGACGUCUCUGUUUAA